UUGAAUUCGUUCGAGACAUUUUUUUUCUUCUCGUAAGCACUUUGACAUACAAGGAUAUUUUCAUUUACUAAAAGUCAAAAACAAAAAAAAAUCUAUCACAACUAUACGCAAAGAAUAAGAAAAAAUGAUUGGUUUUUUCAUCUUAUUUGGAUUAUUGGCAUUAGUAUCAUCAAUUCAAGCUAGUUAUAAUGGUCCAUUUGUUUUGUGGGGACGUGAAGAAUUUUCGCAUGCAAAUUCAAAUCCAUUAAAUCAAUUGGAUGAAAAUUUGCUGCGUGACAUCUAUUCUGAUUCGUCAGCAAUCAUUUUAUUUGUUCGCAAUGCAUCGAAUCAUUUGAAAGAGGAUAAUUUUCCAAUAUUCAAAGAUUUAUUGUCGAAAACAAAUUAUGUCUAUUUGGCUCAACAACAUCUUGGCUCCGAUCCAAUGGAAUUUAAUUUAAAUGCAGAGGUAAUCAAUUUGGUCGGACCAAUUUCACAGCAAGAUGUUGAAUUGUCGGCACUGUACCAUGAUGCGGUCAUCACUUAUGGCGAAGGGAAAGUAUUGGGAAUUUUGGCAUCUAAAACUAAUCAUCAUGAAAUACAUAAGAGAGCCGUUGAUGCAUCACCAGAAAGUCCAGUGACUACAACGGCCACCACCACUACAACAACAGCAGCAACAAUAACAACACCAAGCCCAGUAACAGACGAAACCAACCAAACUGAUUUUGUCUAUUAUCCUGAUUCGCCAUAUAAAAUUCUAUUGUACACAAGCUCGGCACCACGUUUAUUUGAUGGCACCACAGAAAUAGUCUUAGAUAAUAAUACUCCAACAACCAUAACAACGGAUCAAAAAAAUAAAAACGAACAACGUACACUUAAAGUGAGAUAUAACUUCAAAGAUAAGUUGGAAAUCGAAUAUGUGUUCAACAUUUCGGGAGGCUCAUGGCAAUUAAUAGCGGCAGACAUUAAUUGGUCGAAGAUAACCGGUAACAGUACACUCUAUUUGACGGACGAUAGACCAGCUGCUCCAUUGGAAUAUUCGUACGUGUGUUCAAGACCACUUAUUUUUCGAAACGGUUCCAUUUAUUUGGAGUUGGCUAACAUUCAGGUGCAAUUGGAUGUGAAUGCCAGACGUUUCAAUGAUUCGUACAAUUGUAUCGGUUUUACAUCGACACCAAUUUGGUCGGGUGUAUUUGUUAGUUUUGUUAUUUGCUUUGCAGUAGCACUUGGUAUCAAUUGUAUAAUGGAAAUAAAACCACCGAAUCGUUUUGAAAACAGCCGCGGCAAACAACUUACAUUCACCAUUCAAGAAUAAACAUUUAAGCAAUUCAACAUAUUUAUUUAAAUAAUAAAUGAAAAACCAAAUACAAAACAAACUAGAAACUACGACCUUUUUUCGCAAAGAGUUUCGAAGCGAUUUAUCAAAUUUAGAAUGAUUUGUGCAUGGAAUAAGAAUGCUAUCGAUGGUAGAAAUCAUUUCUCACAAUUUUAUCAAACACUACCAUAUCCAUUGAACACUUCACUAUUUAUAUGAGCAUAUCUUUGGUCAGAAUUGUUUAACCCAUAUAGCUGGUGAACAAGAAAUAAAAAGUUUUCUUGGUUUGGUAAAAUAUCAUUGCCAGUUACGAUGAUAUGAACAAGAAUUGAGAAAAAAAGGUCGUA